AAUCUUCUCAAAAACCUCAGCAAAUCUCUUCCUUCAUCUUUGAGGCCUUUAAUUUUUUCAAUCUCACAUUAGAAAAUAUGAUCAACAAUAGGAAGCUUAUUGCCAUGGCAAGAAAGUGGCAGAAGUUGGCAGCCAUCGGCAGGAGAAGAAUCUCGUCAACAAGAACCAAACUGCAAAGGGAUGCGGAUGAGUGCAUUGAAAUGGUGGCUGUUAAAGAUCACUUUGUUGUGUACACAGCUGAUAAGAGACGUUUUGUUAUUCCGUUGGCGUAUCUCAACAAUCCCAUCUUCAUAGAGUUACUCAGAAUGUCUGAACAAGAGUUUGGACUAUCAAGCAAUGGGCCUAUCACCUUGCCAUGUGACUCGGCGUUUGCAGAGUACAUCAUCUCAAUGUUGCAAAGACGUCCCUCAAGAGACUUAGAGAAGGCCUUAGUUAUGACCCUAUCUACAUGUCGGUGCUCAUUAUAUUCUUCUCUCCUUCCAGAACAGAGUAAUCAGCCUAUACUUGCCAAUGGCUUUUGAACAAGUCAUAUUGUUAUGUCCAUCGGGACCAUGAUCUUUAACACUUUUCUUCUUUUUUUUCUUGAAUUUUGUAAAUAAUUAUACAUAUACAAAUUUUAUAGCUGUUUCAUCAGCAGAAUUUUUGGA